UGCUCCUGCGCCCGCACUCGUCCGCGGUGACUUAAGCUAGACCACCGAAAAGGUGAUUUAUCUGGAGAGAGAGAGAGGCGCAGAGGACGGAGACGAUGACUCAAAGUGGGGCACUUUCAGCAAUCAGUCCCAUGGAAUCUGCUAAUUACCGAAAAGGUAUUCAUCUCUCUCUACCACCACACCCUUCAUCGUGCUCCCUUCCCACUGGGACUGUAAAUAUGUUUCGUUGUUGCUCUAACACUAGAAACCCUAGUUGUUCUCCUCCUUCUGCAACUUUCACCAGUCAACAAAAACACCAACCGAGAAUAAAGCUAGAUGGACUCCAACAAGCUGAACAGUUUCUGAACCAGUUGUCCCAAAUGCGACCUUUGCCACCGGUACGUGUAAUAAAUAAAGCGUUAUCGAUGAUUGCGAAAGCGGUACGUUACACCGAGGCUCUUUCUCAUUUUGACAAUUUGCAGUAUCUGGGCAUUCGGGUUGAUAUUUAUUGCCUCAACAUUGCAAUUAACUGUUACUGUCGCGUGAAUCAAGUUGGUUUUGGGUUCUCUCUUUUAGGCGGCAUCUUUAAACGCGGUGGUAAACCUAAUGUAACUACCUUCACCACCCUGAUGAACGGAUUUAUUUUAGAAGAUAAAACUAAUGACGCGUUCGAGUUAUUCGAGAAGUUAAUGAGAAAGAGAGAAAUUGAACCAAAUGUGUAUAUGUAUCAAACAAUCGUUUAUGGGCUUUGCAAAGGUGCAAAUGCUGGAACGGGUAUCAGCAUGGUGGAUGAUGCUAUGAACCUUUUAUGCGGGAUGAAAGAAAAAGGAAUUCACCCAAAUGGUGGUAUUUAUAUCAAUAUAAUUCGUUGUCUAUGUGACUCGUGCCGGUGGGAGGAGGCUAUGUCACUUUUAAUAGAAAUGAGUAAGAGAGAAAUUGAACCGAUUGUCGUUCCAUAUGGAAUGAUUGUCAAUGGCCUUUGCAAAACGGGGAACACGAGCAUGGCUAUUCGGUUGCUUAGGACAUUGGAAGAGGGAGGGUUUAAAUCUGACGUCAAAGGGUAUAGCAUGAUCAUUGACAGUCUUUGCAAGGAUGGGAUGGUAGAUGACUCCAUGAACUUCUUAUUAGAAAUGAAUGGGAAAGGUAUCCAUCCAAAUGUUGUCACUUAUACGUCUUUGAUUCAUGGCCUCUACAAUUGUGGCAAGUGGGAGGAGGCUCGAGAAAUGCUGAGAGAAAUGUUCGAUAGUGGUGUUUCACCAGAUGUUUGUACAUUCACUGUGCUUGUGGAUGCCCUUACCGAUAAAGGAAUGACAAGAGAAGCAGAGGAGGUACUUGAAUUCAUGAUAGAAAGAGAUGUGGAUCCUGAUGUCGUCAUAUACAGUGGUGUAAUGCAAGGGUAUGGUGUCCAAGGCCGAAUGGAUGAAGCAAAGAGAGUGUUUGAUACCAUGGUGAAUAGGGGCCUCCAGCCUAACAUCAUCAGCUAUAACAUUCUAAUCUAUGGGUAUUGCGAGAACAUGAACUUAGACGAGGCCAUCAAUUUCUUCCGAGAAAUCCCUCAAAGGGGUUUGAAGCCUGACCUUGUAACUUUUACCUCUAUGUUCAAGGGUCUCUUUCGGGUUGGUGAAUAUGCAGUUGCUCAAGAACUACUGAAUGAGAUGGAACUUGCCGGCCUAACUCCCAGUGACAAAACUUAUGGUAUGUUGUUGGAUGGGCUUUGCAAGACCGGGCAUAUUGAUGAAGCAUUGUUGUUAUUUCACAUGAUUGAAAAUAGAGGUUGUCUCAAUGUCGUUAUGUACAAUAUCCUCAUUGAUGCAUUAUGCAAGAAUAAGAAACUAGAUAAUGCAAGGGAUCUUUUUAUUAAACUUUCUUCCAAGGGGUUACAACCUGAAUUUAUUACAUAUGAUAUCAUGAUACGUGGUCUUCGCCAAGAAGGAUUUUUCGAUGAAGCUAAAGAGUUGUCUGUGAAAAUGGAGCAGAAUGGUUUCUUGCCUGAUAUUGGCGAUUACAAGUCUAUCAUAUGAGGUUUUGUUAACGACAGAAGUUCUAUCAGGCUCUGUUACUUGUUGAGGAAGCGGUUGCAUCUACUUUUUACAUGAUUAACGACUUAAAUUUUAACUGAAGGAUGGGCUCUUGCUCUUCAAGAAGUGAUAACGAAGUUCAUGCCAAGGAUAGACGUGGAGCUGUGAAGAUGGCAGUUUCAACACUCAUGAGCAUUAUUGGCAUUCCAUCAUGUUCACCUCAGAGGCUUCACUCUUUCCCAACAGGUAGCCUUUUCCUUCGCAACUUAUUCCCUAGAUGUAAUUCUAAUGUCGCAUAGACGGCUUUCACUCUUUGGGAAGGCAGCCAUAUGCGAUCCCGCCCACAAUGAGAAUGUUGCAACGUUCGCUCAGAGGCAGGUCUUUCCAUCGCAAUAUUGCUGCUAGUCUAUCAAGGGAGACCAAUUACAUAGGAUUUAGCAGGUUGUAAGCACCUAAUUGGUCUUCGAGGGCAAACUACCCGUGGGUCAAUCAAGCACUGGUCACGUUGGGAUCAAAACGAGGAAUUCCAUCACGCGGUCACAAAAGUAGACUCAUAAAUCGAUGAUGACCGUCAGUGUGCGCGUGGAAAAACAAGGGGUGUUACGCUCAAAACACUGAGGCAUCAAUGUAACCAGAACUACAUGAACAAACUAGUCUCAAAGCACAGUUUAAGAUCACAGUCUCAACCAACUAAGAUUAUCACGCUUGAUGCACGAAUGCUUGAUUCACAAAUAGCCAAUUGGGUAAAGAAAGCAUGUAAAAUCUUCAAAUGCUCAUGGAUUUUUUGAAAACAUUCAUCCAAACAGAAAGCAAAAAUUGAAAGAGGUAGUGAAUUGCCUCUUUUGGAUGUAUGUUAACAACUCACACGGAAUCUAAACGUUGUUAAUUGCUAGCCUGAACCCUGAUUCCUACGGGCCUCAAUCCAGGUGGGAAAAAAAUAGAGUAGAACAUACAACUUUGAUAUCACAGUGCCAAAGUUCAUAGCAAAUCAUAUAGAUGUGGAAAAAGAUGUUUCUGUGACAACAUUUUAAGUACUGGAAAGAUUAUUUUUGUAUUGAACUCGUCAGUAUUUUUAAGUGACUGGAAAUACACAAAAAUAACAAGCUUGUAAGCUGCUGCCACACACGCACAAAAAAAACGCAUGAAGAAUAGAGGCUUUAGAAAACAUUUUUGUCAACCAACCUUCUGGAAGUUAGAGCAUCAAGGUUAUAAGAACCGAUGGGGAUAUAUUUGGCCAUCCAAAAUAUCCUUUUAAGGAUCCAUCAAAAUUCAUAGCUGCCUUACUCAACCAAAAAACUGCAUUCAACGCCAUUGCAGAUCACAUGAUAUCUAGGUUCCUAAACCAACAGGUCUACAAUGCAGCGGAUACAUGGACCUGAUGCCAAACUUCAAAUAUAUGUACUACUUCUUCCUCAAACAAAUCUCUCCAUCUAUUUCAGUCACAUUAUGACUGCCAAUCAAUAUGAAACUCACAAGUUCCUCAUACUGGUCAUAGAACCGUGCACUUGUUCAACAAUCCCUAAGCACCAAAAGAAAGUUCUAUGCCUGUGGUUAAAUGGUAAAGUAACUACCCAAAGACAUCUUACAGCUAAUAGGGGAUGCUACCUAUGCACAAAAGGCCAAGGACAAAAAAGCCAUACACCUCAAGAAGCAAAAAACUUGAAGACAAGAAAACCCCUGUACUUCACUCUAAACUCCAAAAACAUUAUCAUAUCAAGAAACCGGUCGAGGGUAGGAUUGCACUCUCUCAACUCCCAACUAUGCAAACUGGAAAGGAAAAGAUUUCUAAGUCUAAACAUAGGCAUCUCAACCCUUAUCAAAAUCACUAUUCCUCUCUCGCCAAGUUAGCCACACCAAGCAAAACAUGAUCAAAAUCCUAACCUUCCAUCUUUGUCAGCCCACUCUAUCCCCGAACCAUUCUCGCCCAAAUCAAACAUAAGUCGAUACCUCAACCAAUACCUUGUAAAAGGAUAUCACAUCCGCCUCCAAUUGAAAUAUAAAAGGAUGAGCAUCCCUCAACCUCUCGUCACCACACCUAACAUGCUUCCAAAAUUUCACUUUUUACCCGGUCCCUACCUUCAUUCUAGUAUACCUAAGAGAACUCUCCCCGUCCUUUUGUAAUACCCUUCCAAAGCCCCACCCAUGUGGCACAUGAACCACCUAGAAGAACAAGCCCCACCAAAGGAAAUCUCUCUACAGAUUUUCUAACUUUUUGCACUAAUAUUGGGAUAGUAAAGAUACAUAAAGUACAUAGGGAAGCUAGAAAAGUGCUCCAAAUAAGAGUCAUCCUUGCCUCUUUCAACAUACUGCCUCUUCAAUCCCAUAAGAGGCAUCUGAAAACUUGAAUCCCAAACCACAUUAGACUUCAACCCAACAAAAUGUUAAAGAAGAUGAAGGGGAGAACU